AUGGUAUCCGGCAAAACAGCCAUCGUCACAGGCGCCGGAUCCGGUAUCAAUCUUGCCUUCGCAGAACUCCUCUUGUCCCGAAAUUGCAAUGUCAUCUUCGCAGACCUCGCGCUGCGACCGGAAGCCCAAGACCUCGUCUCUCGAUACGCGUCCCGCCAUAAGUCCCCGCGAGCGAUAUACGUCGAAACAGAUGUCACUUCCUGGCCAGCACUCUCCCACAUGUUCGACACUGCUCUAACCGAGUUUGGCGACUUUCAUAUCGUGUGCCCCGGAGCAGGGGUGUAUGAGCCGACAUGGUCGAGUUUCUGGAGACCUCCAGGUUCAAGAGAGAGCAAGGACACAAUGGAGUCCGGCCACUAUGCUCUAAUGGACAUUAAUUUAACUCAUCCGAUUCGAGCCACUCAGAUGGCUAUUUCGCACUGGCUAUACCCAAAAUCAAUGCCGAACUCCAAGUUCCCCAUCGUGGCCAAGACUACCCCGAGCAACCCCAAGCGCAUCAUUCACAUUGCAUCUGUGGCAGCCCAGGUCCCCGUUUUCAGAGCUCCUCUUUACGCUGCCUCAAAGUUUGCCAUAUCGGGAUUCGUGCGAUCUCUUGGAGGGCUCGAUACGUACGGAGUUCGCGUCAAUGCAGUCGCUCCAGGCUUCGUUCGCACGCCUCUCUGGACGGAGAACCCGGACAAACUGGCUAACAUAGAUGAAAACAGGGAUGUUUGGGUGACUCCACUGGAGGUGGCAGAAGCCAUGCUCAGCUGCAUUGAAAGCGAAGACAAGGUCGGCGGAACAGUGAUUGAGACCUUUUGA